CAAAAAUAAAUUAUAUUCUAAUUUUUUCUCUCCAAACAUUCUCUUGUAUAUAUACUCUCAUGUCUUCUCGGAUCCUCUCCUAAAAACACCAAAAAAAUUAUUCAAUUCUCACAGCUUUUUGUUUCAUUAAACGUUCGAUCCUUUCUUCACGUCAUGGGAAACUACGUUUCUUCUGCACUUAGCAAAACGUCUUCUUCGUCGUCGUCGUCAUCAUCGGCGGCGAGAGUGAUUCUCCCGGACGGUGGAGUACGUAACAUUCACGCGCCGAUGAAAGCUGCUGAGCUAAUGAUGGAGAUCCCAAGCUUCUUCCUAGUCGACGCCAAGUCGUUAAAGAUCGGUCGGAAACUUAGUCCGUUAGCCGCCGAUGAUGACCUUCAGAUCAGAGGGUGUCACGUGUACGUAGCUUUCCCUAUGACGCGUUCCACGUCAGCUGCUAACGCUUCGGAUUUGGCUCGGUUGUUCGUAGCUGCCAAGAAACAGCGUCGCCGCGGCGUGCGGAGUGAUUGUUCCGGCGGCGGAAUGAAACACUGUCAUAACAACGGGAGGGUUUCGCCGGACGGGGAAGAAGAUGACGUCAGGGUGAUGUCGUCGUCGGCGGGAUCGAAGCUGAAUUUAGAAGAUAUUGAAGAGUUCUCGGCGGCGGAGUUUAUGCAUAGGAUCUCAGUUUCGAAAUCUAAGAAACCGAAGUUAGAAACCAUAGUUGAAGAAUCUUUGUCUUAACCAAAAACCAAAAAAAAAAGAUUUGUCAAACUUUUUUUCAUCUUUAUUUUGUUAUUUUUAUCCUUAACUGCGCAAGUGGUUUGGUUUCUCUUUUGUGGUAUUAAUGAACAGAAAGAGACAUUAUUAUUAGUCGAGAAUGAACAUGUGACCUUCCCAUUUCUUUUUGUCCGAUUAUAUGAAACGCAAUUUCUUAA